AUGGUAUAUAUUAUUUGUUUUUAAUAUUAUCUCAAAAAAUUCAUAAAUUAAACUAAUCAAUCUUUUACUUUUGAUAAUCAACAUAUAAUUCUAAUAAAGAAUAUCUUUUUGAAAAUUAAUAAAAAUUUGACUUACUUGUUAUUAAAGUUAAUAAAUAAAAUGUGUAUGAUAAAUCGAUUAACUAGUCUUAGCUAGUAGUUAAAGAAAUAAAAUCCUGCUAAAAAUUCUAUAUUAGAGCAUCUUUAUUUAAAUUAGCUGUUAACUAAUGAUGAAGAAUCAAUUAGAAAAAAGAUAGUAGAAUUAAUGGUUUAGGCAACUUAAUCAUCAUAAUUUGAUAUAAAUGUUUAAUAUGACUAAAAAGUUUAGCAGUAGUAAGAAGAAGUAUUUUAAGAUAAAUUUAAACUUUAACUGCAAAAUAUUAAUAAUUAUUCUGUUUCUUUGAAAGGAUCCAUAUUUAUGGAAAUUGCAAGAUAUAGGUUAGAGAUAUCAGUUAAGCUCUAUGAAAAAAUUGCUCUAGGGUACACAAGUAUAAAUAUGGUUGGUAACAUUGAUCAAUAAAAGCAGUUUUUGCAGCAAAUUUUAUAAAACUAAUUCAAAAUUGCUUAUGCAUUCGCAGAUAGAAAUAGCUAUUUCGAAAACCAAUAAGAUAAAUAAUAUUCAAUAUCAGGCCAUAUUUAAGUAUAUUCCAUAUAAUAAGCUUCUCACUUAAUGAUUUGGUUCAGAAACAAAUAAAAUCUAACACAAAUUAAUGGAUUUAUUAUACCGAUUUCUGAAAUCCCAUAAUAAUGCAUUCAAUCAGUUGAAGAUGAUCUUAUUAGCAAUUAAAUAAUUAUUUAUAACAUAUAAUUUAGUAACUUUAUAAUUCAUAAAGAAUACAAAUUAUAUUUUUUAGAAACUGAAAGAGACUAUUUUGAUUACAUAUUUAAGUAAUCCUUUUUGCUAUUUUCAUGGUUAUUUAUGGGGCAUAUUUUAAACUAUUAUGAGAAAAUUGAUUCUUUGUUGGAGAAUUAAGCAGAUAAACAAAAUUUAAAUUAAAUUAAAUGA